AUGGAUCUAGACUGCGGAACCGCUGGAAACAGCGGUGGUAAAGAGAGCAGUUCCCAUUCAUCGUCGAACAUCGUCUCGACGCUGAUGCAUGCGGCGUUGCAGGGUGGCAGCGUUGGACAUGACAUAGAUGCUUGUACUAAGAUGCUCUGGUCGCGAUCGUUGCUGAAGAGAGCAGUCAGGAAGCAGAGCAAGCAGCAAGGCAGUAGUAAUGGAGUUAGUAGCGGAAAGUCUUCGACAUCUGCGGCUCGUACCGGCAAUUUACGGGAGGCGGUCGCUGCCGUGAUGCACUUCUUGUCUAAUUCUUCCGAUUCUGAAUCCGAUUUCUAUUUGGACGGUGCUACCGAUUACGCGAUGGCCACUCAGCUGUUGGCAGAGAUGGAAGACGAUGAGAAUGCGACAAUGGCAGAUGACCUCGAAGACGACACCGACAUGGAUGUAGAAGAAGAGGAUAACGUAGCAAUGGACGACGGUGGUGCCGGGAGUAGUGCUGGGCUCGGCGGUGGCGUUCUUGAUUUAACAUACUUCACGCCGAUGAGUCUCGGCUACGCGGCCGAGAUGUGCUAUGAAGCGAAUUGCAACAGCGAUUCGAUUAUUCGUCGUAGUUAUUCGUCUUUGCUGCCCGCUUUUGAUCCGAGACCCGGUCGAGCAAACAUCAACCAAAUGCAAGACGUUACUCUCCCGGACGAAAACGGCGACGACCGCGCAGAUACUUCCAUGACUGGCGGUGAUACUGAAGACAGUGUGGAGGAGCAGGAUGAGGCACAUGCAAAGGGUCGCCUCAGGUUGUACCUCUCGUGCCAGAAAUCUACAGGCACAUCUGGUACAAUCUUCACCGAUAUCUCAGUGCCUUUAGUGGGUGACGCACGCUCAUUUUUUUACUAUGUUCAAAAAUUGGUGCAACGCCAGCGGAUCAAAGCUAACGGCAAGAUCGAUUCGUCUGUGCGCAUCUGGGACCCGGUUUAUACACUCUGUUAUGAGCAAGAGCCGGCGGCAAGCAACCAGGCCAUCGCGGCUGCCGUGACGACUACAAACGGAGGUAUCGGUGACGGAGACGACCUUUCUUUCGGCAUAUCCAAGGACGAACGUGCAACGCUCGUGUUGGUGCUGGAAAUCCUUCGAAUGUUGUUGUCCCUGUACAACGGCCUUAAAAUGACCGGCUGGUCCUUGGUUGACGAUUUAAGCAGAGAGUUCUUGUCCAAAAAGUUAACACAGAAGAUAGUGCAGCAGUUGGGCGACUCUUUAGUCGUUUGCACGCUGUCAUUGCCUGAUUGGUGCGACUGGCUAAUGCUGAACUAUCCAUUCCUGUUUACUUACGACGUCCGGAACAUGUAUUUUUAUGCUACGGCGUUCGGUACGUCGCGGUCCACCGUGUGGUUGCAGAAGCAGCUCGAACAGCAGAUGGAAUUGCAGCGCGGUAAGCUGAUCUCACGUCCAAUUACUGUAGGGCACCGGCAUGAAAGCCAGGUCGGUCGCAUCAAGCACGAAAAAAUCAAGAUCAUGCGCAAACCAUCGAUCCUGAACGAGGCGAUGCGCAUUAUGCGAUUCCACGCUCGAAACAAGGCAAUACUCGAGGUGGAGUUCGAGGCCGAAGAGGGCACCGGCUUGGGGCCGACUUUGGAGUUUUACGCUCUGAUCGCUGUCGAACUGCAGAAGAAGUCACUCGGCAUUUGGCUGUUCGACGAUGACGACCGCGAUAUGCCGAAUGUCAACGGCCAGCUUUCCAGCGACCGCAACUAUAUCAUGCGCAGUGGUGGUCUCUUCCCGGCUCCCCUGCCGCAAGACAGUGCUCAUUGCGACGAGGCGUGUCUACUGCAGGACAAGCACCUCAUUGACCUGCCGUUGUCGUUGCCAUUUAUUAAGCUGAUGUGUUGUCCACAUCAUCCCAGUAUCUGCGAAGACCUUGACAGUAAAGAUAAGCAAUCGACGUCUUCGAAUGUCGAUGACCAGUGGUCAGUCGAAGCAGCAUUAAUGAAGACCGGCGACCCUCCUAUUUCUUGGUGUCAUGCGUGUCUGUCACUUGAAGAUUUGGAAGUGAUCAAUCCAUUUCAGGGAAAAUUUUUUAAGGCGUUGCAUUACUUUUGCGAUCAGCGACGACACAUCAUAGAUGACCAAACGAUACCUGAAGACAAGAAGCGUGAGCUAUUGUCAUUGCUCAGUUUAGACAGUCCAUACGAAAAGUGCUGCAUCGACGAUUUAGGCCUCAGUUUUGAGUUUAGCGCUUCAAGCUGCUACUACCAUUACCUUUUCGUCCAGCUGACGUCCAGCGACUCAGAUGCAUUAGUUACCGUCGAUAACCUCGAGCGUUACUUGACCCUAUGCGAGGAGUACUACUUGAACGUCGGUAUUCGUCGUCAAAUGAACGCGUUUCGUCUUGGCUUUAACUCGGUGUUUCCUAUGGAAAAACUGCGGUGUUUCUCAUCACGUGAAUUACUGGUACGUAAAUGCGCUUGUUAACU